GGGAGGUGGUGAGUGCGCGCGGUAGUUUGUUGCGGGGACGCGCGUGUUGAGCUGGACGGUUCUUUCUCCACGUUCGGGCUCUAUGCAUCUAGCCUCGGCGCUUCUGGAAGCUGAAAGGGAGCGUUAGACUUAACACCCGGCUCAGGGCACGGGGAGAGCUGCGCGUGGGUGGCUAUUUGGGUGAUCCUUGUCGUACGUGUCUUUGGUCGCCAGGCGGAGCCCUGCUGACCCGGGGAGAGUGAGCGGGAGGUGGAGGCUCUGGCGGAGUCGCGCUAUCCUGGGACUGUCUCCUGACUGUCACCUGCUACAAGGGCAGUAUGCCCAGCAGACUCGGCGAGGGCCUGCGACGUGCGAGUUAAGAUACCAAGCAGAACUAGCUAGGUUCGCGCACACCCAAAAUAGGAUUUUCAUUUAUAGACAUCAUCAUUAGGAACUCUUGCCAGUUUCCAAGGCUUGUCCCUUCUGGCUCCAAAUGUUGUUCUGCAGGACACGAAGGGUUAGAGGAGGGCACAACUGGUGCCAGGCUGCUGCUGCUGCUUUGUGUGGGAACUUUGAAAGGCAAGGCAGGAAUUCCGAUACAGAGCUGUAAAAUCUCUGCGGUUGCCGGCAGACCACUUAGCCAGCAAUCUACAGAGAGGCAGGGCCUCCAAGACUUUAGAUACACGUGAGUAUAGGGGUGCUAUCCAAACAGAUGAAUGCAGCCACACCAAGUGGACCAGGAUUCGACACCGGGGAACCACGGAAACAAGGGACUUGGCACUCACCCUGGGCUUUUCACCAGCAUACACUGGGUGCUGGUGGGAAAUAGUAAAGGCAGAGCAGAAAAUCUAAGAGCUUUCCUGUAAGCCGACCCGGAGAAGGCUCUGGUUGCUGCAAAUUUAUCUGCCUGGAUCUUCCAAGGGAACAAAAGUUUCAGGCUACUUGGGUAAGCCAGGAAAGUAUGCUCUAGGGCAAGUGAAGAGUCUUGCAUCCAGUGAAGGUGCAGGAGGCACAUAAAUAGUAUCUGAGAGGCCAAUAAAUCUCACACCUAAGCACAAGUAAUGUUAAGAGAAAUUUGAAGCCAGUACAGAAGAACAACCAGGAAAGCCAAACCCACCUCAGUUACCCUCUAGAUUGAUUCAGCAUCAAACAGCACAGGCCUGGUAUACAUGCCCAUUCUGGGUCCUAAAUACCGUUUUACCUUACAGAAAAAUCUGGCUUAGCACCCAAAUUGAGAUACAAAAAAGAGCAAGGAAACAGCCUUGCUGCCAAGGAGCAAAAUAAUAGGUGCAGAACCAGAUGUGGCUCAGAUGUUAAGGAGAACUAUCAGAUGAAAGGUUUAAAACAAGUAUGGUUAACAUGUUAAAUGUGCCAGUGGAAAAGAUACAUAACAUGCAUACACAGGUGGGGAUUUCAGCAGAGGAGGAGUUGGUAGUGAAAAAACCAUAGAGAGGAAGAAUGCCUUCAAGAGGCCUAUCGGUUGAUGUGAAUAAAACCAGUGAACUUGAAGCAAGUCUAUAGAAAUUAUCCAAAGUGGGGCUGGUGAGAUGCCUUGGCAGAUUAAGGUGACUUGCUGCCAAGCCUGACCUGAAACUGAUCUCCAGAUCACAUAUGGUCAAAGAUGAGAACUGACUCCACAUUGGUUCUGUAGCACACUAUGAUGGCUGUGCUUGGUUGUCAACCUAUGUCUGGAAUGAACUACAAUCCAGAAACCGAGGGCACACUUGUGAUCUGGAUCUUGAGGCAAGAAGACACACACCUUUAAUCCAGAUCUUGAGGCAGGAAGGCACACCUUUAAUCUGGGCCUGUACCUUCUGUUGGAAGUCUGUAUAAGGACAGUGGAAGGAGGAAGUGUUCAUUCCUUUUUCACCUGCUUGCCUUGUCAGCACAUCCAUUCCUUCACUGGCAUUGAAACCUACUUUAUGAUUCUAGAAUAUACAGAAGACCAGCUGAGACAUCCAGCCUUGUGGGACUGAGCAACUACUAGAUUCUUGGACUUCACAGCUAGCCAUUGUUGGACUAAAGCCUAUGGCAUCUGAGGCAGAGCCCCGCCUCCUGGGCAUGUUUGAGUGCCAGCUCUGUGCCUUGACAGCUCCUUACAGCUACGUGGGACAGAAGCCCCCAGACACCCAUGCUGUUGUUCUCCUGGAGGAAAGCUACAUCAUGAAGGAUCCCUUCUCCUCAGACAAAGCCAGGUUUCUGGUCCUUGGCUCACGGUGCAGUGUGUGUGGCAAACUGGUGUGUGUGGGCCCGGACUGCAGCCUGUUCUACUCCAAGAGGGUCUGCCUCCCCUGUGUUCAGGAGAAUAUCAGUGCUUUCCCUCAGGAAAUACAGCAGGAUGUGGAAAAGAGAAAAGGGGCCUCCAAGAAGCCCUCCAGCCAUCCCUGACUGGCAGGCACACAGCCUCCUGUGCAGCGUUGGGCUGACUCAGCCAGGGUUCCGGCUGGGAGAUGUGUAUCUGGCCUCCCCUGAACUGUGGAGUACCUGCAGCCCUGGGAACCAAGGAGCUGGCCAAGCCUGAGGACAGACAGCAGGAGUGGAUCCAGCUGCAGCUCCAGGACUGGCCUCGGGUGAGGGACAGGCACUCCCUCCAUGGACAGUUGGUAGAGCUUCCUGUACAUGUACCUGUGGGAGACACCUGGCUUUUCUCCAGGACUGCCAAAUAACAUGAUGUCAUCUGCCUGUAGGGAAUUCAGCCUCCGAGGCCAGUGGCAAGGCCAGAGGAUAUACAAGGGUUACGUCACAUCCUGUGCAAUGCCUGGGAAGUGAUUUAAACCUUGACUUUGUAUCAUGUUUAUAAUUAAAAACCUGAAAAAUAAGCUAAUGAUUUAA